UCUGAAGAUUGGUUACAAUUUUUGCGAAAUGUCGACCCAAAGGAACUGGUGGCUAAGACUAAGCCAUCGACACGACCAGUAUUUGGCACUGAGUUUCUGCCCCUUUCCGCACAAAAGGCUUUUGAAACCAAUCAAUUCAACUCAGACAUCGACUUAAUUGCGGGCAUAAACUCAAACGAGGGGUCAAUCCUGUCAGCCAAACAUUUGCCCCCUUUUGAUGAGACAAUGACUAUCGAUCACUUCAAACAUGGCGUUCAAGUGGCGGACAAAAUGUUUCACGGAUUGGAUGUUCAAAAAGUGGUCGACUAUUACCUGAAAGGCAUCGACACAAACAAUUCAUCGGCAGUCAGACGAGCCUUUUAUGAGUUUUACGGCGAUAUACAAAUGAAAUACCCGACAUAUCUGUUCGCCAAACUAUUUGCUAUAAAUACCCAAAAGAGUGGAAAAAAUGUUUACUUUUAUGAGUUGACAUAUCAGAGUCAGGCAUUUGCAGAUAUUUUUAAAUGUGGUGAUGAGAUGUCGAGUGUCGCACACGGGAUGGAUAUACCCAUUAUAUUUGGAUGGGGCUUAACCCCAGACAGGGCUCACCUGUUCAGUGAUACCGACGCCCAGUUCAGUAGAGAUGUGAUGAGAAUGUGGACUAAUUUCGCAAAAUAUGGUAAACCGGAUGAUAAAUGGCCGCAAUUGUUAGGCGACAAUAAUGUGCCAAAAGUGAAGAAUUUAAAUCCCGCCCCAACUCUACCACCAAUGGAUGACCCGUACCGUCGCAAAUGUGCUUUGGUUACAGGCUCAUUCAAUAAGUACGUACGCACUGGGUGGGGGGGAGGGGGGGUAUACAGACAAACAUUAGGCAGAAAUGGUAAAGUGAGGGGUCAGACAAUACAGGUAUUGAACACAACUAUUAAUGAGUUUUUAGGCAUACCUUAUGCCGAACCCCCGGUUGGAAAGCUUAGGUUUGCUAAACCAGAACCUAUUAAAACACCCAUAAAAGAUAUAAUAGAUGCGACAAAACCAAAGGAUUCAUGCAUUCAAAAUAACCUGGAUAUAUUUCCUAAUCUUACAUUUAGUGAGAAUUGUUUGUUUGUAAACAUAUGGACACAAAAUGUGGAAACCAAUGACCCAUCGAAACUAAAACCAGUUAUGUUUUACAUACACGGAGGAGGUUUAGCCGUGGGAUCAAUAUUUGGUUUAAAUGGCAGUGUGUUGGCCACCAAUGAACACCACAAACGGAGUUGGUCGAUAUCUAACCCAGUUAAUCCGAAAGAUAUACCCCUAGCCCUCCUGCGCGGGCCUUUACAGCCAAAAGUGCUGGUCAGAGAUAACAUUCAUGUCUUUGGUGGCGAUAGGGAUCAGAUCACUAUAUUUGGUGGAAGUGCUGGUAGUUGGUCGGUGUCGGCGCACAUAUUGUCUCCACUAUCGAGAGGCUUAUUCAAGAGGGCUAUUAUGGAAAGUGGUAUGUCUUUGGUGGCGAUAGGGAUCAGAUCACUAUAUUUGGUGGAAGUGCUGGAUUGGUUGCAAUGUUUGCGAAGUAUUGACGCAAAAGAGUUCAAUAAAUACUCAAAACUGAUGACAUAUCCGGUGUUGGGGACAGACUUUCUUCCGAUUUCUGCACAAAAAGCAUUUGCAGACAAAAACUUUAACUCAGAUGUGGACAUUAUAGCCGGUAUCGCCACCAAUGAAGACAUAACCAGUCCAUUGGCAUUGAGGGAAGCCUUUUAUGAGUUGGUCGGCGAUUUAAUAAUGAAAUGUCCCACAUACCAUUUUGCCAAACAAUUUGCUACGAGUGUGCAAAAUAAGAAAAAUGUUUACUUCUACCAGGUUACUUAUAUGAGCCAAGCUUAUGCUAAGCUAACACAUUGUGAUAUCCCAGGGAUGGGAAUAUGUCACUGUGCUGAGGGUGAUUUUGUAUUUGGCAAUCCAUUCAUUACACCCGAUAUUUAUAGCGAUUUGGACAGACAGUUUAGUUUAGUGUUAAUGAAAAUGUGGACCAAUUUUGUCAAAUAUGGUCAACCGGACAUAGACUGGCCACAUUUGUUAAACAUUAAUACAAUUGAUGUCAAAAACCUAAAUCCUAACCCCAAACCCAAUGUGUUUGUCAAUCCAUAUGCGGCUACUUGUGAUGUUUUUGUUGUAACAAAUUGUAUUGAAACUAAUGUUGACGUGAAAACCACUUCUGGUGUAGUGAGGGGUCAGACAAUACAGGUAUUGAAUCAAACUAUUAAUGAGUUUUUAGGCAUACCUUAUGCCGAACCCCCGAUCGGGAAGCUUAGGUUCGCUAAACCAGAACCUAUUAAAACACCCAUAAAAGAUAUUAUCUCAGCAACCAAACCAAAAGACUCAUGCAUUCAGCCUUUAUCUCCGUUUCCGUUACCAAACUUGACUUAUAGUGAGAACUGUCUGUUUGUAAACAUUUGGACACAGAAUGUGGACACCAAUGGCCCUUCAAAACUAAAACCAGUUAUGUUUUUCAUACACGGAGGGGGUCUUAGUAUUGGCUCAGUAUUUACUGAAAGUGGAAGUGUGUUGGCCACCAAUGAUGUGGUGAUUGCCUCAACCAGCUAUAGAUUGGGUCAAUUAGGCUUUCUAUAUGGG